AGGGUGCGUGACGUCGUACGGGAAUACCGCCACCACGUGACGGGUGACGUCGAUCAUAUUUUGGUGAAGACACCAGGAAGUGAAGGCGAAGACCGAAACCCGACAAAAAAGGUUGAAGUUUUACUGAAGUUUUACCGCGUUUGACGCCGAUUUUGUGCGUGCCGUGCGUGAGGACUUGUCCGAGAGCUUGUUGGACUGUCGAAAUAUCGCGUGAAGAUGCCGAACAUGGAAAAAAAUCUCUUCAAUUUAAAGUUCGCCGCCAAAGAACUCCAAAGAAAUUCAAAGAAAUGUGACAAAGAAGAAAAAGCAGAGAAGGUUAAAGUCAAGAAAGCCAUCCAGAAGGGAAACAUGGAAGUGGCGAGGAUCCACGCAGAGAACGCCAUCAGACAGAAGAACCAGUCUGUGAACUUCUUGAGGAUGAGCGCUCGGGUGGAUGCAGUGGCAGCGAGGGUCCAAACUGCAGUUACGAUGAACCAGGUCACAAAAUCUAUGGCUGGAGUGGUGAAAGGCAUGGACUCGACUCUGAAGAGUAUGAAUCUGGAAAAGAUUUCAGCUCUCAUGGACAAAUUUGAACACCAGUUUGAGACUCUGGAUGUUCAGACAGCCCAUAUGGAAGACACCAUGAGCAGCACAACAACACUCACGACACCACAGAAUCAAGUGGACUCGUUGCUGCAUGAAAUGGCCGACGAAGCAGGGUUGGACCUGAACAUGGAGCUCCCUCAAGGUCAGACAGGAUCAGUGGGAACCAGCGUGGCUUCUGCAGAACAGGAUGAACUCUCUCAAAGGCUCGCCAAACUCAGAGAUCAAAUCUAAAGGACCACUGCAGUGGACUGACACCAUAAUCCGGAUCUUUAGAACACGCCUACACUACCUGAAUAUUACUCCCAAACACCUUAUAUUUACAUCAAGUCUUUUCAUCUCUUUAUGCUUCACACGUCUCUGUGGAGGAGGAGCUACUGUAUCACUGUUUUUUUUCACGGAUAAUGGCCCCUGUUGGUUCCCAGUUUAUAAAAAUAACCUUUGGAUACCUUUAUGUAAACUAACAGAGAUGCUGGUUGUGGAAGAUUUAUGUAUUUCUCAAAUAUACAUAUUUACCAAUGAGAGAGAGAAACGUUAUUGUUUAAUAUGUAUCCUUCAGAACUUCAUACAUCUUUAAAAAAAUGUAUCGUGUUGCAGUUACUACUCUGUAUUUAUAGGCUGAUUUUGUAUACUCAAGGUGAAUGCGCGUCAGAUUUUGGGGUAUAGAAUUCAGCUUUUGGUUCGUACUUGCAUGAUUGCAGGAAACUUGAUAUGCAUUUUGUCUUCUUUGUAUCAGAGCGUGAAAGACUCUCCUCAUUAAUGUUGAGUUGACUUCUUGUGUUGAUUUGUUGUAUUUUACUUCUGGCGGAUAUUUGGAGAAGAUACCAGAGAUUCAUCUUGUGUGUUUGUCUCAGUUCAUCGUCAUUACUUUCACUGAUUAUAUGGGAAGGGGUUACAGUGUGGAGAUUACAUACAGUAAGUAAAUAAUAAAAUUUUAUAAUACUUUUA